AGCGGAGCGACGACUGCAGCUCACAUAUCUUCCGUCUUUGCUCGAGUUCACCCAUCAACACAGCAGCAAACCAGGACCUCACCCAGAACCAAAAAAAAAAAAAAAGACUCUUAUUUGUUUAUGCAAACAUUUUUGGACCUUUAAAUAUGCUGCCGUGUCCACGCUUCAGAAGGAGAAGAGGCCAGCCUUAGAAUAAACUCCCCACAAGUUGAAGACCGCUCCAGAGAGGAGGAAAGAAACACUCGUGGACUCUCCGAUCGUCCCUUUUCUUCGUUUGCUAAACCUUUCUGACACUUCAGCCGGUCCCGAUGGAAGCCAGAGGAAAGUAUGAUUUUUCUGCAACAGCAGCCGACGAGCUCAGCUUCAGAAAGGGCGAUAUACUUAAGAUUUUAAGCCCACAGGAUGAGUGGUAUAAAGCAGAGAUGAACGGACAGGAAGGAUUCGUACCACAAAACUACAUUGAUAUGCAGCAUCCGAGAUGGUUUCAGGAAAACGCCAGUCGCAGCGCUGCGGAGGAACUCCUGAGGUACAAAGAUGUGGGAGACUUUGUGAUCCGAGGCUGCCAGAGCUCCCCUGGAGACUUCUCCAUCUCUGUCAAACAUGAGAGUGACGUUCAGCACUUUAAAGUGAUGAAAGACAACAAAGGCCAGUACUUCCUGUGGUCUGAGAAGUUCACCUCCCUAAACAAGCUGGUUGAGUUCUACAAGAACACCUCCAUCUCUAAAACCAGGGAGAUCUACCUCAACGAUGGCAGCUUGGACAGUAAGAGCCACUCCAUGGCCCAGUCAGUUAAGAGGGGAAGUUUGCCUGAACAACGUAAUGCUGCUGCAGCCAUCGUUGCCUCACCGCGCAGAGCUUCAGACCAGCCUCCCAGCCAGCUGGCUAAGAGAUCGGGUCUGGAGGAGCGAGCUCACACCAUCGGUCACACAGGAAGAAGCAGCCCCGUCAGCACUGCUUAUCCUCCCCGUCGCACAUCUGAAACCAUGCCUCUCCCUCAGAGGGCAUCCUCGGUGCAGGUGAAGGCGCUGUACGACUUCACCGCAGAGGAAGACGACGAACUCGGUUUCUGCGCCGGUGACAUCAUCGACGUGUUGGAUCGCUCUGACGCGUCGUGGUGGAAAGGGAGGCUGAGGGGGAAAAGUGGGCUGUUUCCUGCCAACUACACAAUACAGCUGUGAGAAAACACCCCAGGCGAUGCACUUACUAUGCCUGCACACCUUCACAGACUCGCUCUGCAGGUGCACCAACCCUGAGUUUGUGAUUUUGAACAUAAACACUGAGCAGUCAGUGAUUCAUCUAAUUGCUGCACCGCAUGUCGGCACUUCAUCAGGACACCGGUGCCCAAAGGACUGAGUCAGUUAGUGUUUUCAGAUAAUAUUCAUAUGUAUACUACCACUCUGCACGGUGCUUGUGCAGGUGUUAUUGAACUUUUUUUGUUCCACUUACAUUUACAAAGGACACACUGACAAGAACUUCAUAAAACCUGGCACAUGUUUAACUGGCACACAGGAACUGCUGCAGAUGGCACCGAGGAAUGUUUUAUCAUUUGUAUUAUGACAUGCUGACAGCAGGUAUUUAUUUGCAAAAUGCUCGUUGGCCGGUCUGCUGAUCAAUUGACUGUAAUCCAACUGUUUCUGCUCAUGUUGCAAGUGUAGUCAUAUUUUAUACCACAAAAGGUUUUGUAUGAAAAAUUCAGCAGAUUUCUCAAGAAGUCUGAAUGCUUAAUAUAGACGUGUAACUUCCUUGCAGCUCAUCUACUUGGAAAUAAAUCUUUUUUCUUUUCA